GAAGCCCUCAAGCAUCCGCUUUUACUUACUUCAGAACCUCUAUUUGUUUGUUCUCUUUGCCAUGGGUGAUGCCGGCUUUUUCAAGGGUACCAGUAGCGAGCAAGACAGCCGCUUCAGUAACAAGGAAAAGAAACUCUUGAAGAGUAUGAGUUUCCCUCCUGAAUUCGAUCAAAAGGUGGAUUUUAAAAAAGUGAAUAUGGAUGUCAUCAAACCGUGGAUUAGCAAUAGGAUUACUCAAUUACUCGGUUUUGAAGACGAAGUGGUGAUUGAUUUCGCUUGUGGAUUGCUGGAAGAAAAGAAUCCUGAUCCCAAAAUGAUGCAGAUCAAUCUCACAGGUUUUCUCGAAAAGAAUACGCAGUCGUUCAUUUUGGAGUUGUGGCUAUUGCUAUUAAGUGCGCAAGAGUCUGUAGGCGGUAUUCCCAAGGUCUUCCUUGAACAAAAGAAGGAAGAGCUUCGUCAAAAGAAGGAGCAGGAUGCCCAGGUAAAAGCUCGGCAAGAAGCUGUAAUGGAAGCCAUCCGCAAAAAGAAAGAAUCCGAAAUGCAGGAUCUUCGCGAAAGCGAAACUCGACAGCGUCGAUCACGUUUUGGUGAUCGACCUCCGAGAGACAGGAGUUACAGCCGUAGCGCUUCACCGCCGCCUAGACGUGGACGCAGCCGAUCCCCUGACACACGAUCCGAUCGUCGUGAUCGAUAUCGAGAUGAAUAUUCACGAAGCUACCGAGAAGACGAACGAAGUCGUCGUACGGGCAGAGACAGAGAUGACAGAUCGCGUCGGCACCGUGAUCGAUCAUCCACUCGACGAAGAAGACGUAGCCGAAGCCGAAGUCCCGGCUAUGAACGUACUCGCAGUCCCAGAAGACAUCGCAGACACAGUAGAAGCCGGAGUCCGGUACAGGACCGCAGAAGAGGAUCGUUGAGAGAAGAAUCGUAUCGGCGAGAGGAAAAGACUGUCCCGGAGCAAAAGCCAAUGGCUCCCGAACCCCCUAAAAUGAAAUCUCGAUGGGAUGAUGACGAAGAACAAGAUACUACCAAGGUAUAAGAUGAAGUGAUUUGAAAAUAAAAGACAAGUACAACGAAACAAAAAAAAAAA